UUACCACAAUUUAUUUGUUCUAGACGAGUACACAUCACCAAACAAACGCUACAAUUCCUAAAUGAUAAAUUCGAAGUAGAGGAAGGAAAUGGAGGUAGUCGUGAUACUUAUUUGGCAGAUCAUAAAAUAGAAACGUAUUUAAUUGUACCACCAAAGAAACCCACCUACAUCACCCACAUAGUGCCACGUAUCACAGAAAUUAACUCAUCACAGGACAAUGUAAACAUGCAUCACGAUACAUCCAAUGCUAGCAAUCACCAUCACAGCUUUAGCAAUAAUGUGGAAGCCGAAGCAACAGAGAAACUUUUACCAGUGACAGUAGUAAAUUUCAAAACUUUAGAAACAACAGAAUUCUCCGGCAGCCUUAAAAUCUCGCCCACGGCUGCCGCUACAAAUAGUCCAGAACAUAAAUUGGGACAAUUAUCAUCGAGAACAUCAAUGUCGAUUAAAGAGGAAGAGGAUGAAGAUACGGUUGAAUUAAGAAAUCCCCAACAAGUACAACAGGAUGGUUCACUAACUCCUACUAAUUCAGGCAACCAACUGUUGUUGCAGAAAAAACGUUUAAGUGAUGGCAGUGAUGCAGCAAAUGCAAUCACCAAUAAUACUCAUGCUUCACUAACACCAAAGUCAUCAUUAACUUUACCCCAUAAUGAUGAUGCUCUUAGUGCUAGUGGCAGUGAGGAGGGGGCAAUUUCAAAUAGUGGUUCUAAUAAUGCAACUAAUGCUAAUGCACUUGUUGAAAAUCCUAUCGGAAAUUGUGAAUCAUCACAAUCAUUGCAGCAGGCAGCUGCAGUAGCAACAACUACAGCUAAUGGUGUAGUACCUGUUAAUGCAACAAAUGUUACUACAGCAGCAGCAGCGGCAGCAACAACAACUACAACCACAACAUCUAAUCCAGCUAAUACUGGCAAUAAUUUAUUGCCUGAAAUACCAGAGGCUAAAAGUCGUAGGAAAUUAUCUGUACAAGGCUUAAUAUCAUUUGCCGAUAGAAGACGUUCUUCGGGUGCCUUUAUGGAACGUAAAAUGUCCAUACACACCAAUGAAAGUUUUCGCAGUCAUGGCGGUCAUGUAACACGCAAUCGUCCUUCAUCGAAAAUGACCAAAUACGUUGAAUGCUGGGGUGCAGAUCGUCCAUUUGCCAAUAUAGCUGAAUCGAAAUUGGUGAAAAAUAUUGGUUUGGCUAGCAUAGCAAUGAUUGAAUCAAACUUACUGCCACCAGAGCGUAAAUGUUUUAAUUUCAAUUGUUUUGGACCGCCCACCGAAUUGAAGCCACUAACUAUGUGGUAUCGUAAUACACCGCGUGAGGUGAUGUAUCGGGCCCGACCCGAUACUCACUUUCGUUAUGAUUUAAUCUGUGCUUUUUUGCUUUUCAUAUCGAUAGCUUUGGUUCAAUUAAUAGUAAUGGAAGUAAAUUUUGCUUUAUUGGGUUCCUUGGCUGCCACUUUUAUAUCCUUGGGUUUGUUUUUGUAUUUAAGUAAUAUGCAUGUACCCGAUAUUGAAUCAUCUACAGCGGAUAGAAAUGGUCCUGGUCAAGUGGUGGCUAGUAGUCGUUAUUUACGUUUGGCUAUAUUUAUUAUAGCAAAUAUUUUAAUCUCAGCCUGUGCUGUGUUCAGUGUGAUAAACUUUACCACCGAUCCUGAGUUUAUUACCUCAAAUCUUACUUCUUCAACAAAUUCCUCUAAUGAUUCUUCUAUACCUGAUAUUGUUCCUUCUAUGAUUUUAUAUCCUGAUUUAAAUAUAGCUCCCAUAUUUCUCUUCUGCUGUGCCAUUAGUUUAGCUGCCAUUUCGGCUUUCUUAAGAUCGGGUUUUAUUCUAAAACUUUUCACCAUGUUUGUGGCUUUAGUUUGUCAAAUAAUUAUAUUACAUUAUAAUGAUUUAUAUGAAAGAUAUAAUUUGGAACUAAGAGCGGAUUGUUUACCCAUUGAGGUUAAAGGUUUUCUUUUGCUGCUAUUGGUAAUAGCAGUGUUACAUACUUUGGAUCGCCAAGGUGAAUAUGUGGCAAGAACUGAUUUCCUGUGGAAGGCCAAAUUGAAAGUUGAACAAGAAGAAGUGGAAACCAUGCGUGGAAUCAAUAAAAUUCUCUUAGAAAACAUUUUACCUGCUCACGUGGCCACACAUUUUCUACAUCAAGAACGGUCUACGGAAUUGUAUCAUGAAAGUUAUUCCUGUGUAGCUGUAAUGUUUGCCUCUAUACCAAAUUAUAAAGAGUUUUAUGAUGAAACAGAUGUGAAUAAACAAGGAUUAGAAUGUUUAAGAUUACUCAAUGAAAUUAUAUGCGAUUUUGAUAAGUUACUUUUAAAACCUAAAUUCAGUGGCAUCGAAAAAAUCAAAACUAUAGCUAGCACUUAUAUGUGUGCAUCGGGUUUAAGACCUGGCAAAGAAGAGGGCGCUACGCUUAUGCGUAAUUUUGCGGAUGAAAAGAGAACCGAAGAACAUAAUGUUGUAAUUUUAGUAGAAUUUGCCAUUGCAUUGAUGUCAAUUUUAGAUUCAAUUAAUCGUGAAUCAUUUCAAAGAUUUCGUUUACGUAUUGGUCUUAAUCAUGGUCCUGUCAUAGCUGGUGUUAUUGGAGCACAAAAACCUCAAUAUGAUAUUUGGAGUAAUACGGUAAAUGUAGCCUCACGCAUGGAUUCUUGUGGUGUUAUGGGUAGAUUACAGACUACUGAGAAUACGGCACAAAUUUUAAUGGCCGCCGGCUAUGAGUGUGAAUGUCGUGGUUUGACUUAUGUUAAAGGCAAAGGAAAUCUAGUCACUUAUUUUGUAAAGACACCAUUUGAUGGAAAAUUAUAAUAAUUUUUAAGUUUAAAAGAA